AAUGGCCGCCCUAUCAGUUUACAAGCCACGCAACAUUCUUUACACGGAGGAGUCAAUUCCAGGAUACCGACCUGGCGGCUACCAUCCAGUUACCUUGGGCGAUACUUUCAACAACGACCGCUACAAAGUAUACCACAAGCUGGGUUGGGGAGGCCAUGCCACUGCCUGGCUGGCGUAUGACACAAAGCAGAAGAAGUGGGUGGCGUUGAAGAUUAUGGUAGCAGCUGUAUCAAAGGACUCUAACGAGCUUCACAACACACAAUUGCUACAAGAGGCUUCGGGGACUGACCCGUCCACAAUGCGCGUUGUUGAAGUCCUGGACUCCUUCAUGCACGAGGGCCCCAAUGGAGACCAUAGGUGUAUUGUACUCGAACUGCUUGGGCCUUCCGUUGGUAAGAUAAUGCGCCUCUAUACCCGGGAGGAAGAUGACACUCCCUGCCCAAACCUUAUCAUUCGGAUGGCAGAACAGCUUCUCGAGGGCCUCCAGUUUAUGCACCAUGCAGGAAUGGCACAUGGAGAUAUAAACCUUGGCAACAUUGUGUUUCGGAGUACAAAUCUCUCGGAGGCAACUACAGAACGUAUUCUAGAGGUCCUGGGCGAGCCUUACUUUGAAAAGCUGGAGCGGCUUGACGGUAAGCCGCUCGACCAUGGCCAACCAGAGUAUAUCGUCGAAGCCGCAAGCUGGGAUAAGUGGCUGUUUGAAGAAAAGGAGGACCUUUGUAUACUGGACCUUGGGGAGGCCUUUGUAGAAGGAAAGGCGCCUGGGCGACUGGCACAACCAGGUGCUUUACAAGCACCUGAGACAUUUUUCGUCGGGCGAUUUGAUCACACAGUGGACCUAUGGUCGGCCGGUUGCAUGAUCUACAGCUUUGUAUUUGGUCGCUGCCCCUUCUUUCACUUGGGCCACGAUCAAGUCCUCGUGGAACAGAUGAUCGGUUUUGUAGAAGCCCUACCAGAGGAGUGGACGGAACAGUGGAUCGAGAUGCGCGACAAGUCAAAGUACCACGGGCCCCCGGACGUGAACAACGGCAAACAAAAUACAGAACUGGAAAGGAAUUUUACCGACAGCUCUGUUGAUCCAGCUCUUGCUGUCCUUCUGCCGGUCAUCCAAGGCCUAAUGCGAUUUCGCCCAUCGGAUCGCCUGAGUGCGUCUGAGGCGCUCGACCUUUUAAGAUCGAAGAAGGCAGCGAGUCGUAACACGCAGGCGUGAUCUUUAUGAGUUUCCUCUGUAACAGCGUGCUUUCACUGUUUAGCUUUAUAGUCUAUUAACCCUGGGGAAUAUACACUUGUGGCUUUAACAAGGGCAGUUACACUGUU